AUGGGCCUCAUCACACACGACACGCACAAGCUGGGAGAAUCCAAGCCAAUCGAGCAUUUCCGACCGCGCUUGUUUAAGGAGCUCGAUCGCAAGCAGUCUAUUCUCAAGCUCGAUCUCUUCUGGUCCAUUUCCAUGAAGGAGAACGGUCUCAAUCCUCGUGCGAAAUUCCUCUUGCCCGAAGACGACUCCGACCACGAUGAUCCUGCUGGGGACGACCACAUCUUUCCUAUCCACGAGCUCGAACCUCUGGUUUCUUUCCGCAACCUCAAGGUCCUGCAGCUAUGUGGCAUGAUGCAGAGCUACCAACCCGUAAUCUGGCGCGUCGUCUGGGCCAAUCCAAACCUAGAAGUCCUCACACUUGAGAUGUCGCUCCCUCCCCUCUUCAACACCAACACCAACCAUCCAAACCGCGUCAUCGACAGCAACUGGACCAUCUUCCCAAGCAUCACCCCUCGCCCCAGCAUGUCUUCGGACAUCUCUCCCGCUCUCACCAACGACGACGACCUCGAGCCCGCCUACCUCGGCAACCAAGGCAGCGGCCGCCUCGACCCCUCCUUCGGCUCCGGCGACGCGCUCCCGUCAUACCACCGUUUCCUCUCCAUUGCGGAGCUCAACCUCAUGAACUUCGUCGUCGACGGCAUCCCUUUCGUCAACUGGUUCGACCCGAGCAAGCUGCGUCGCGUCUCGUUCCGUGGUUGCUGUGUCGAUGCAGGUUUCUACUUGCAUCCCAGCAUGAAGCACACCGUCUCCCUCCUCCCGCCUGUCCCUGCCGCUGCCAACAACGUCGGCGUUGCGCUUCGCGUUCCGGUGGGAGGAUUGCUUGCUGCUCGCGCCAUCACGCCCAUCUAUACGGGUACGAAGCUGGUGGAGCUGAAGGGUGGGCGCGUGAUUCCUGCUCGUGUUGUUCUGGAGAAGGAGGAGAAGAAAGAGAGCAAGUUUCGUGUGGUUCGGGAGGCCCUGAAGGGCAAAUUGGCGCGUCGUCCGGCUUCUUCUACGGGCAGUUGUAUGUGA